CACCAUCAUUUUCAUCUGGAGUGCACUAUUUCUCCCCCUUCGCUCAUCAUACACAAAAGGCUCGUCAAUACCAAUAAUAAAUGAAGAAGAGAGAUAAUGGAGAGGCAGUGGGAGUAAUCAUGAGAGUGGUAUAAGUGCCAUGCAUUGUUCCUCUAGUAGCACAGUAGUUGGCGGCGGUGUUGGCGGCAGUGGAGAUGAGAAUGGUUCUUUCUGUAGCCUCAAACUGAACGAAUUCACCUUCUUGGCCUCUCUCAUGCCGAAGAAGGAGAUUGGCGCGGAUCGCUUCAUUGAGCUCAUCCCGGGUAUGAUGGCCGCGGCGUCGUUAUCGCUGUAUUUGAUUCUGGAGUUGACCCAGCUGCUGCCGGAUUGCAUAUGACCCCGGAUGGGAAGUCGAAGAUCAUCUAUGUUAUUGAUUGGUAUCAAGAAAUUUAUUCGGCCAUAUUAAUGCUGCUGCUUCCUUUUUUUUUUUUUCCUGCUUGAAUAUUGUUUGCUCAAGAAUAUUUGACCCGAGAUCUGAGCGGGAUGUCAAUUUCUUGAGCACCGCGAGGGGAGAUAUUAACACCUCAAAGGUGGUGAAGGCCGAUGCCGAUGGUUGCAUUCGCGGGGCUUCAGAUUGGUGAAGGAUUUGAUUCAUUAUAAAUUUCUUCGUCUUCGACUUUCCAAACGAGAGCAAUAUUGCUGCGAAGAUGAAUAUUAUAGCAGUAACCGUGCUGGUUAUCUUGCUAAAUUGCGGCUCGUUCUGCAUUUGCGUGCCGCCGCAGCAGCUUCUGGUGAACAUGACCGUGGUUCGAAAUGCGACGGCUCUCGGAGCAUUUUGCUUGGAUGGAAGUUUGCCUGCAUAUCAUCUGCACAGAGGAUUCGGCGCUGGAGUACGCAACUGGAUUUUGCAGUUUGAGGGAGGUGGAUGGUGCAAUGAUUUGAAAUCAUGUUUGGAGAGAGCCAAUACACGCCGUGGAUCUACAAAGUACAUGAACAAGCUGGCGACCUUCUCUGGAAUACUAAGCAACAACGCCUCUCUAAAUCCAGAUUUUUACAAUUGGAACCGUGUAAAGCUUAGAUAUUGUGAUGGAGCCUCAUUUGGUGGAGAUGCCAUGUUUAAAAACGGGACGUCAAUCCUUUAUUUCAGGGGUCAAAAGAUUUGGGAAGCAAUUAUUCAAGACCUUCUCCCUAAAGGGUUGGGACAUGCGCGUCAGGCUUUGCUUUCAGGUUGCUCUGCUGGGGGGUUAUCAUCCUUUCUUCAUUGCGACGGCUUAGCAAAGAUGUUACCAAAUGCCACUGUGAAGUGCUUGAGUGAUGCAGGAUUUUUUCUGGACGAAAAAGACGUCAGCUUGAAGUACACUAUGAGGUCCUUCUACGCAAAACUUGUUACUCUGCAGGGAGUUGAGAAAAAUCUCAAUAAAAAAUGCACCAAUUUCUUUAGCAAAAAUCCAGAACUGUGCUUUUUUCCACAGCAUGCGUUGAAGUUCAUAACACCACCAUUCUUCAUCUUGAAUGCAGCUUAUGAUGUGUUCCAAUUCAACCAUAUAUUGGUGCCUCCUUCUGCUGACUUGCUUGGACAAUGGAAGGGUUGUAAAAAUAACACAGCACAAUGUAAUGAAAAACAGAUAGACACAUUGCAAGGUUUCAGGCAAAAUAUGCUGUUAGCCUUGAGAUCUUUCUCCAAGAACUUCAGUCAGUGGGGAAUGUUUAUAAAUUCAUGCUUUGCUCAUUGCCAAAGUGAAUCCCAGGAGACAUGGUUAGCAGUCAACUCUCCUCGGAUACAUGACGUGGUACAGUUGUUUACUGCAGUACUUAAGAGGCCAUUUUUGACCAUUGCAAAAGCUGUUGGGGAUUGGUAUUUUAACAGAAAUGGUACCAACGAGAUUGAUUGUCCGUUUCCUUGUGACACUACCUGCCAUAACCUCAUACCAACAGCUCUGGUUCCAUAGGUGGACUCAAAAUAUACAUGAAAUAUAUACAUAUAUAUAUAUAUAUUUUCUUGCAAGUUCCUCUCUUUCUUGGUGUUCUGAAGAUAAGAGUACGCAGAACAGGGAAAGAGUAUAGGAAGAGAUUCUAAAAGGAUGUGCAGAUAACUAUUCAUGUAUAUUUAAAGAAAAUUUUUUAGCCGGAGAAAUUGUAAAUGAACUAGAAAUUUCAGAUUCAUAGAGUUUUACAAGUUUAACAAAUCUGGAGUGGAAGCGGAGAGGAAAAGUUGAAUUAUUGUAUUGUCCUGAACAAUAGAGGAGUUUUAUGUACCUAUUCAUUAUCGAUUGAAAUUUAUUCUUGUUUACAAA